GUUUGUGACAUUAGCAGAGUGUGCUGUCACUGUCAUAUGGCAAGCCAAGGCAGCCUCGACUGGUUUAGAACAGAGACGGUUAUUGCGGAUUGCAACUGUUCACUCUCCGCUGUUCCCACCAGAGCCCUGGGCUUAAUCCCGAGCAGAACGCAGCCUGUCACAGAGCUUUCUUCUCCAGCUUCUUGUUUGUUAAUGGAGUUCCGGCAGGGCAGCGGUGAUUACUGCCACGCCCAACAUCGCAACGCAUGAUCACGGGUGAAUACGCCCGGAAUCUGUCCCUGAAUGUCCAGAGAAACGCCUUCUCUGCUCUUCUCUUGCUGGUCUUUCUGACUGACCACUUUGUUGUGCGCCAAAUGGGUUAACUGGCAUCGCGGCACCUGGCAUUUAACUACCGGACACUUUUCCACCUGUCUAGUUGCCAGAGUAUCAAGAGGAAGAAGCCAAUUUGUUUGAAGAGGAAGACUCUUGUUGGCUCUAACUUCCCAGAAAGGCAGCUUUAAAUUUUAUAUACUGAUUAGUAAGUAGUGCCGUACUGUGAGUGGAGCUCUGUGGAUUCUGGCCCGGACUGGGUGCUGUGUUUACUGUACAGUGGAGGGACACCAGCAUGACCAAGAUGAACCGUCCGGCUCCUGUCGAGGUCUGCUACAAAAACAUGCGCUUCCUUAUCACGCACAACCCAACCAAUGCAACAUUAAGCAGCUUCAUUGAGGAUUUGAAGAAGUAUGGGGCAACAACAGUAGUGCGUGUGUGUGAAAUCACCUAUGAUAAGACGCCGCUGGAAAAGGACGGAAUUACUGUCAUGGAUUGGCCAUUCGAUGACGGUGCACCUCCUCCUAAUAAGAUCGUGGAUGACUGGCUUAGUCUGUUGAAGAAUAAGUUCUGUGAGGAUCCAGGCUGCUGUGUGGCUGUGCACUGUGUGGCCGGACUGGGCCGGGCUCCGGUGCUGGUGGCUCUGGCACUUAUAGAGAGCGGGAUGAAAUAUGAGGAUGCCAUUCAGUUCAUCAGACAAAAGCGCCGGGGCGCCAUCAACAGCAAGCAGCUGACGUACUUGGAGAAGUACCGCCCUAAACAAAGACUGCGUUUCAAAGACCCACACAACCACAAAAGCAAGUGCUGCAUAAUGUGAUCUGGUCUCACUAGCCUGCAUCUGAAGGAGCAAGUCACACAUGGACUAAACCAGACUUAAAUUACCAACCUAGUGCAUUUGAACUCAUUACUUUUCAGGAGGGUUAUUCAACCCCCUUUUGGUGUUUAUAUCAGACCCCUAACACAGGGUCUUUACCAGCUCAGGGCUGUGAAAGGCGAGCCUCUUGAAUUUUGUCUACACACAAAACCCCUAUCCUCUGUGUGUUCACAAAUGAAUUGUGAACACAAACACACGCCAAUGCAUAUUCGCACACACUCAACGCUACCAGCCAUCACACUGUACCAGCAGCACACAAUCCAAAGAUGAUCAUGGCCACCUGCUUCAACAAAAUCACGGUUGUUAUACUCGCGCUUUCGUAUGAAACUGCUUGACUACCCUGUCUUUCUCUCUGUCUCUCUUUUGUUAUUUUGAAGUGUCAGAAUGCAUGUUGCUCUAUAUUUUUGGGGAUGCGAGUGAGUGAUUUAACCUUGUUCUUUUUUCUACCUUAUAUCAUGAAUCUACUCUGGGAUUCGAGUUUUACACCACUGGCUCUUUAUUAAUAGAACUGUGGGCAUCUAGAUGGAUAACAUAGCACACUUUGACAUGACUUCCAGGUUUUUGGAUGUUUUAGCUGCUUUCAGAACACUUUAAAACUCAGAAAAAAAAUCCAGCUUAUCUGAAACCCGGUUGUGCCGCAGAAUUGCACCAAUGAACUGAGAGAAAUCCACGAGCGAGCGCACUUGUAGAUCUGUAGAUUUGUCUUAAUUUAUCAGCAACCACAAGAGGGAGUCCUCAAACUACAUGCUUCAAAUGAAAGAUCUUAGCAUAUACGUACAGAAUUUUUGAAUUUCAAUAGUUUUAUUUAUUUUGUUGUUGUUUGCGCUCAGUGCUCACACGUGGCUGUUUCUCAGAGACAUAGUUGUACUGUGGACACUUUAGAAUUACAGAAUGAACUUUUGAGUGAGGCUAAAACUACUUUGUGUUGGUCAUAUAAUGGGAAAUGAAAUGGAAACAGGAUCUCUGCCUAACUAGUGGUCAAAUAGACACCAACGGAGGAAAAAAUUUAACGGAUCUGUGUUGGUACUGAAAUGAUCUCACAUGCAUAAUCAAUCUGCUUCCCUUUUGGAUAUGAAAUGCAUAAGACUUUGGAUCUGGGAUAAUGUCACAUUUCUCUACCUUUGAAAUCAAAAGCUAGUUGAGCAAAUGUUAAAGAAAUAUCUAAUAAAAGAGCAUCUUUGCAUA